AUGACACUCGCAAGGAAGACAGUGUUGCUAUUGGCAGCGUGCCUCUUGAUAACCUUUGCAGAGGCUCAAGAUGCAUUGCCAGUACUUCCAUCGUGCGCGUCAUCUUGCUUCACCACUUUCGACGGCGACUCGCCAUCAGCGAACACGACAUGCAGCGAUUUAGACAUCAAGUGUAUCUGCCAAGAUGCCACAUUCCUCGACACCAUGAUCUGUUGUCUGCACGAGGCCUGCUCUGAUAGCGACCGUGAAAGCGCCGAGGCUUACGCAAGAUCUCUAUGCAAGACAACGGGGAAAGCGACGAGCGCCGACGGAAUUUCUCUCCCAACAGAAUCGAGCGGUACAUCCUCCGAUAGCAACACAGGGGCCGGUGGAAGUUCUUCCGAGAACAGCUCGGGAAGCGACUACGGGUCUUCCAGCAGCCACCACAAGAUACAUCAUAGCUCGAAAGCCGGCCUUGGUGCUGGUCUCGGCGUAGGACUCCCCGCCGCCGCGGCACUAAUAGGAGGUAUCCUCUACCGUCUCCGCCGAAAGAAGAACCCGCCAGCUGCACCACCGACAGCGCCAACUUUGACGAAUGGCAUAAAUGAGCUCCCUGCUGGUUCGAAUCCUCCCCACUUUCAGCCUCAACCUCAGCCAGUUGGGACUUAUCCUCAAGCCGGAGCGGCGGCCUAUGGAACACUCGAGAAGGAUACUAGCCAUAUGGGAGUAACCACAGCUUCAUCUCCGGUCUAUGAACUACCCCCUCAGCAUCACCCACAGUCCGGAUUGCCUCCAUACGCAUCGCCCCCUGUCCACGAAUUGCCCUUGACUGGAUGGCAGCAGCCUGAGUUGCCGGGAAGCACGGUACCGCCUGUACAUGAACUGCCACUGAAUCCGCAUUUAAAUCCGGGGGCACCGGGCAGUCAACCGCAUUAG